UACAUUGCUGUUUUUUAAAAACAUAUUUUUUUCUAAUAUUCACAGUUUAAAAUAGUUAACUUAACCAUCAUCCGGUAGUUAAAUUUAGUGAAACAUAAAUAACAUAACGAAGAUGAGUGCUAAAGCGAAAAAAGCCGCGCCGAAGAAGAAACCAAAAGGGUAUAAAAUGCCAGUUCCUAUUCCUGCUGGAGAAGUUAUAAAUGAUACAAUAGGCAAGAGGAAGUGGAGAAUAGGCCCAUCGAUAGGUGUCGGUGGUUUCGGUGAAAUAUACUCGGCAUGUGACCACGAGAGUUCACCGAAAAAAACGUCCAACUAUCCGUUUGUCAUAAAGAUUGAGCCACAUGAAAAUGGUCCAUUGUUUGUUGAGAAACAUUUUUAUAUCAGAAAUGCAAAUAAAGAAGAAAUUGCCAAGUUUAUGAAAGCUAAAAAACUGACUACGUUUGGAAUGCCACUCUACUAUGGGAGUGGAGCACAUGACUUUAAAGGGGAAAAGUACAGAUUCUUGGUAUUGGAGAGGUAUGGCAAAGAUCUGUGGACUAUUUUUAAGGACAGCGGACGCUCCUUUCCACCUACAACUGUCUUCCAAAUUGGUGUACAGAUGCUAGAUGUGUUGGAGUACAUUCAUAGUAAGGGUUAUGUGCAUGCUGAUCUUAAAGGAGCAAAUAUCCUAUUGGGCCUCAAAAAAGAGACAAAAGACCAAGCUUACUUAGUGGACUUUGGUUUAGCGACCAGAGUCAACGAUAAAGAGUUCAAACCCGACCCCAAAUGUGCUCAUAAUGGCACCAUCGAGUAUACAAGCAGAGAUGCACAUAAUGGCGUGCCAACAAUGAGAGGUGAUCUAGAGAUCUUGGGCUACAAUAUGCUGCAGUGGUUAAUAGGAGAGUUACCAUGGGAGAAGUCACUCAAAACACCAAAAACUGUACAAAGUAUGAAGGAGGCUUUCAUGAAGAAUGUGCGGAGUGAGAUCAAACAGAAAUAUUCUAGUGUACCUGAAUCCUUAAUAAAGUUCUUUGAAUACAUAAACUCACUGCAACCAAAGGAUGCGGUUGACCAUCAGAAUUGUCGACAGUUAUUUGAAAGCUACCUCAAAUCCCAAGGAGUUAAAAAUAACAAGCUAGAUUUCUCACCAAAGAAGAAACUUAGUAAAGGGGACACAGCUACUGAAGAUUCUGCGGAUGAGACUGAUGAAGCGGAAAAAAAGGUCCCAAGAAAGAGAGCAGUUAAUGGUGUUAAAACAAAGCGGACUCGUAAAGCUGUGGUGUAUGAUAACUGUGAGAAUGAGGAGCCGAGUGAUAAUGAAGUCAAAGAUACCAAAAAGAGAAAAUCAUUAGAACCAUCCGUAGUCGUAAAAGUUAAGAGAACCAAAAUGGCGCCCAAAGCGACCCCGCCGGCUAAGAAGAACCACACGAAUAUUGCAACACAGACCUCAGUGGAGAAAAAGAGAAGCCCCAGACAGGUUUCUUUUGAUAGUCCCAUCUGUGAAAUUAUCGGAGAGAAGAAGACAGAGAAAAACAAAAGUAACGGCUCAAUAAACUCCAGCAAAGAUAUCUUUGAGGACUCCAUUUCUCCAGAGAAGAAAACGAAACCGAGAAGAAAGUUGCUGUCUGAACAGGAGGUGACUGUAAAGAGGGUUACAAAGAAGAAGCUCACGACUGUCAAAAAAGGCAAGUCAUGGAAAGAUACGCCAGCGAUCGCAAAUGGACGGUCGCCACCCAAAUAAUAAUCGGUUAGAACAAUGAGGCCAAAUUAACCCAUCGAUCAUGGAAUAACGAGACACAAUAGCUUAUCUAUUGUUAUCGCGGCCGGAUGCGGCCGCUUAGGGCUUCAUGAAUUUCUGGGCAGGUUUCAUAAUAUUAAUCAUCACAAGCGUAAUUGUAUUUCUAUACGACACACUGGCGCUUUUUUAUAUAUUAGGUAUGUUUAUUAUGGGUUGUGGAUAGCCCCUCAUAUUAUGAUACAUUUAAAUAUCUGUAGCUGAAACAGCUAACUUGCUAUAUAUUGUUUAAAAAUGUUUGCAUUUUAAUCAUGCUGAGCAUGCUAAUAAUGUGUCAUUUAUAAUAUUCCAUAUUGCCUAUCUGUUUAAAUCUCAUUUCAUUUUAAAGGUAGAGAAAAAUACAUGUUCAAACAAAUUGUAAUUUUGUCGUUGCAUUUUAUUUAACACAAAGAAGUGUCAUUUAAAUUGGUGGCAUUAUAUUGCUACGUAUUUAUCUUUAGGUAAGAUUGCUGGGUGUUAUCAGUUAUGUAGGUAGUUGCAAAAACCUAACUUGUUAGUAUUAAUUUUUGUACCUUUGAAGUUUUGUACAUUUUAAAUAGUUAUGAAUCAAAUGUCAGACUGGUAGAAUGUUUGACUGUUAGCGAAUAUACUGUACCAACCCAAAUUAGCUACCAUGUAAUAUUUGAUAAAAAAAAUGUAAGUAUUACGAGGAAUUUGUUCAAUUUUUGGCCCCUAUUUGAGGUUUGUUGGAUGGUUUGUUGUAUUUUGUGGGUGAACAUUUUCGGUACGAUUAAUCGGAUCUAAGUAAAAGCGAAGCCACAUUGCGGCGUCGUAACGUCGACCCAACGACGCUACGACGCCGCAACGAACGUUGCCGCGUUGGUAUUGGAGUUAUGAAUCAGCAAUGAUUAUUGAUUAGCAAAUGUAAACAUAAAUAAUCUGCCUCAAUGUUCAUUAUUUUCAAAACUACUUACGUGACUUAUUAACUGUUAUAUUAAUUGUUGCCAUCGUUAUUUUAACAGAAUCUGUUGGUUGUGGCAUAUCGUUAUGUACGACUUGAGUGAGUGUUUAUAUUUUAGAAAAUAAAAGAAAAUUCUUAAAAUUA